AUGACAACUCCUGAGAUGGACGAGGAGGUUGCUUCUUCUUUUAAACCCACGAGAGCCAAAGCGAUGCUUGCGGCAAUCUCCAAAACACUCAAAAAGACCUUCAUCAUUUCUCUCUCCAUGAUAACCCGGCAAGAUCUGAAAGACAUCUGGCUUACCAGAUUGGGUUGGCCUACUACGAGAACGGUUCGGACUAACUGGAGGAGAGGAGCUGGAUUGCGGCUCACCGAUUGCGGUAUGAGGUCUAUAGAGCGCUGGGACAACUUCAUCGUUGCGGCUACAACACAAAGGGUCGACCCAACGGUCUAG